AUGCAAGGUAUCCCCGUACGGAGCUGCAGCUUAACCAAGGCGGAAGCGGCGGGUAACGUGUGCGGCCCUGGCUCGCGGUAUGUCGUCUACUGCGGUGACGGUGACGGAGGCCAUGCACGAUGCCGAUCAUUCGCAGAGAGGGUCAUAGCUCCGUACGCCCAGCCCUCGCACCUCCUCGCCGAGCACAAGCAGAUUCGAGUCAGCCAAGGGGCCAAGCUCUGGGAAUCGGUGAAUGCGACUCGCCGCCUCGGCACGCUGAGACGUGCUCCAAGUGUCCCGCAUGCUGGCUCCACCGCGAUCGUCACAACCCUGUCAGACUCGAAGGUUAUAAAAAGCUUGAGAGGGAAAAUCAAGGAAAUCGCAGAGCAGCUGGUGGGCCUAUGGAUCCACGUAGACCUCGGCGGUGCUGGGGAGCUCCAGCAGGGCCAGCAGGGCCAACAGGGCUGCGUCUUGCAACAACUUGUUCUCGUCUGA